AUGGGUAUCCCUGGCUCGGUCACCCAGGUGUCGCCCAUGAAGAAGCCUUUCUCCAGCAAUGUCAUCGCCCCCCCGAAAUUUCCAAGAUCCUCUGGCUCUCUGGGCCAAAAGUCCUGGAUGGAAGAAAAUGUGUUUCGCACCGACAGCAACAGUAACACACUGCUGCCUCUGCAGGACCGUUCACGAGUGUAUGACAGCCUGAACAUGCAUUCUCUCGAGAGUUCUCUGAUCGACAUUAUGCGGGCAGAGCAGGACCCUCUGAAGGGACGCUCCUCCCUGUUUCCAAUUGAUGAUGGUCUCCUGGACGACACACAUGGCAACCAGGGUGUCCCAGGGGUCCUCGGUUCACCUAACUGCUACCCUCAUCAGAAUGGAGAACGCAUCGAACGUUUCUCUCGAAAAGUGUUUGUGGGUGGCUUGCCCCCAGACAUUGAUGAAGAUGAGAUCACUAGCAGCUUCCGUCGAUUUGGUCACCUAGUGGUUGACUGGCCACACAAGGCCGAGAGCAAGUCCUACUUUCCUCCGAAAGGUUACGCCUUCCUGCUGUUCCAAGAGGAGAGCUCAGUGCAGGCCCUGAUUGAAGCAUGUCUGGAGGAGGAUGGCAAACUCUACCUGUGUGUGUCCAGCCCCACCAUCAAGGACAAACCCGUCCAGAUUCGCCCAUGGAACCUGAGUGACAGCGACUUUGUGAUGGACGGCUCUCAGCCGCUGGACCCCCGCAAGACCAUUUUUGUUGGCGGAGUGCCACGCCCUCUCCGAGCAGUCGAACUGGCGAUGAUUAUGGACCGUUUGUAUGGAGGAGUCUGUUAUGCUGGCAUCGACACAGACCCAGAGCUCAAAUACCCCAAGGGCGCAGGUCGUGUGGCUUUCUCUAAUCAGCAGAGCUACAUUGCAGCCAUCAGUGCCCGAUUUGUCCAGUUACAGCACGGAGACAUUGACAAACGGGUGGAGGUAAAGCCAUAUGUGCUGGACGACCAACUGUGUGAUGAAUGCCAAGGGGCACGCUGUGGCGGAAAAUUUGCACCUUUCUUCUGCGCCAAUGUCACCUGCCUGCAGUACUAUUGCGAGUUCUGCUGGGCCAAUAUCCAUUCACGCGCCGGUCGGGAGUUCCACAAACCUCUGGUGAAGGAGGGAGCCGACCGCCCCCGCCAGAUCCACUUCCGCUGGAACUGA